AUGGUCCUGCUGCUGAGGGGGGUGUCCGGGGUGAGGGGGGAAGGACGGGUGAGAGGAGCUGAGCAGAGAGGACAGCGCAGAGGCCUGAGCGCGGGACAAGGACCCCAGGGACGUGACGGAGGAGGUGGGACUGUGGUGGAGCUGGGGCCGGUGGGACUCCUUCACAGACCUGUGGAACCAGACCAGUCAGACCUCAGGUGGAAGGACCUCAGACCAGUCAGACCUCAGGUGGAAGGACCUCAGACCAGUCAGACCUCAGACCAGUCAGACCUCAGGUGGAAGGACCUCCAGACCUCAGACCAGACCUCAGACCUCAGACCAGUCAGACCUCAGACCAGUCAGACCUCAGACCAGACAGACCUCAGGUGGAAGGACCUCAGACCAGUCAGACUUCAGACCAGUCAGACCUCAGACCAGUCAGACCUCAGACCAGUCAGACCUCAGACCAGUCAGACCUCAGACCAGUCAGACCUCAGACCAGUCAGAUCUCAGACCAGUCAGACCUCAGACCAGACAGACUUCAGACCAGUCAGACUUCAGACCAGUCAGACCUCAGACCAGUCAGACUUCAGACCAGUCAGACCUCAGACCAGUCAGACCUCAGGUGGAAGGACCUCAGACCAGUCAGACUUCAGGUGGAAGGACCUCAGACCAGUCAGACUUCAGACCAGUCAGACCUCAGGUGGAAGGACCUCAGACCAGUCAGACUUCAGACCUCAGGUGGAAGGACCUCAGACCAGUCAGACUUCAGACCAGUCAGACCUCAGACCAGUCAGACUUCAGACCAGUCAGACCUCAGACCAGUCAGACCUCAGACCAGUCAGACCUCAGACCAGUCAGACCUCAGACCAGUCAGACUUCAGACCAGUCAAACCUCAGACCAGUCAGACCUCAGGUGGAAGGACCUCAGACCAGUCAGACUUCAGACCAGUCAGACCUCAGACCAGUCAGACCUCAGACCAGUCAGACCUCAGGUGGAAGGACCUCAGACCAGUCAGACUUCAGACCAGUCAGACCUCAGACCAGUCAGACCUCAGACCAGUCAGACCUCAGACCAGUCAGACCUCAGACCAGUCAGACCUCAGACCAGUCAGAUCUCAGACCAGUCAGACCUCAGACCAGACAGACUUCAGACCAGUCAGACUUCAGACCAGUCAGACCUCAGACCAGUCAGACCAGUCAGACUUCAGACCAGUCAGACCUCAGACCAGUCAGACCUCAGGUGGAAGGACCUCAGACCAGUCAGACUUCAGACCAGUCAGACCUCAGGUGGAAGGACCUCAGACCAGUCAGACUUCAGACCAGUCAGACCUCAGACCAGUCAGACCUCAGACCAGUCAGACCUCAGACCAGUCAGACCUCAGACCAGUCAGACUUCAGACCAGUCAAACCUCAGACCAGUCAGACCUCAGGUGGAAGGACCUCAGACCAGUCAGACUUCAGACCAGUCAGACCUCAGACCAGUCAGACCUCAGACCAGUCAGACCUCAGGUGGAAGGACCUCAGACCAGUCAGACUUCAGACCAGUCAGACCUCAGACCAGUCAGACCUCAGACCAGUCAGACCUCAGACCAGUCAGACCUCAGACCAGUCAGACCUCAGACCAGUCAGACCUCAGACCAGUCAGACCUCAGACCAGACAGACUUCAGACCAGUCAGACUUCAGACCAGUCAGACUUCAGACCAGUCAGACCUCAGACCAGUCAGACCAGUCAGACCUCAGACCAGUCAGACCUCAGACCAGUCAGACCAACCCACCUGCUCUGGGUCAGACCCACCUGCUCUGGGUCAGACCCACCUGCUCUGGUUCAGAUCCACCUGCUCUGGGUCAGACCCUCCUGUUCUGGUUCAGACCCACCUGUUCUGGUUCAGACCCACCUGCUCUGGUUCAGAUCCACCUGCUCUGGGUCAGACCCACCUGCUCUGGUUCAGACCCCCCUGCUCUGGUUCAGAUCCACCUGCUCUGGUUCAGAUCCACCUGCUCUGGUUCAGAUCCUCCUGCUCUGGUUCAGACCCACCUGCUCUGGUUCAGACCCACCUGCUCUGGUUCAGACCCACCUGGUCUGGUUCAGACCCACCUGCUCUGGGUCAGACCCUCCUGCUCUGGUUCAGACCCACCUGCUCUGGUUCAGACCCACCUGCUCUGGGUCAGACCCCCCUGCUCUGGUUCAGAUCCACCUGCUCUGGUUCAGACCCCCCUGCUCUGGGUCAGACCCCCCUGCUCUGGUUCAGAUCCUCCUGCUCUGGUUCAGACCCACCUGCUCUGGGUCAGACCCCCCUGCUCUGGUUCAGAUCCACCUGCUCUGGUUCAGACCCACCUGCUCUGGUUCAGACCCACCUGCUCUGGUUCAGACCCACCUGCUCUGGGUCAGACCCCCCUGCUCUGGUUCAGAUCCUCCUGCUCUGGUUCAGACCCACCUGCUCUGGGUCAGACCCCCCUGCUCUGGUUCAGAUCCACCUGGUCUGGGUCAGACCCCCCUGCUCUGGUUCAGAUCCACCUGCUCUGGUUCAGACCCCCCUGCUCUGGGUCAGACCCCCCUGCUCUGGGAAAAUAAGAACAAACUGAUCUGA